AUGGACGUUGAAAAGGCCGUCUUCUUCUCGGGCGCUCUGUUCUACUCGGGGUCCCAGCUGGGCAACGCGUUUGGCGGUUUGCUCGCAAUCGCCAUUCUGAAGCUGGACGGCAAGUACGGGCUAGAAGGUUGGCACUGGCUAUUCCUCGUAGAAGGCGUCGUCACGGUCGGCCUCGCCCUCCUCUUCGCCUUCCUCCUCCCCAACUCGCCCGAUGGCAUCAAGUCCCUCUCGGAGACGGAACGCGCAUGGGUCAAGUUCAACUACGAAAAGGACCAGGGCCAAAGCGACGACCGCUCCGAAGUCUCGGCGCGGCAGGGCUUCAUGUUAGCCGUCCGCGACCCCAAGACGUGGCUCAUGCUCGCGACGCUGUACUGCAUCUUCACAUCAGCCGGCGUGACCAACUUCUUCCCGCCGGUGGUCGCGACGCUGGGGUACUCGCGGACCGUGACCUACGCGCUGACGGCGCCGCCCUUCAUCCUCUGCUGCGCGACGAUGCUCGCCAACGGGUUCCACUCGGACCGCGCGGGCGAGCGGUACUGGCACGUCGUGGCGCCGCUGGGGGUGACGCUCGCGGCCAACGUCAUCGCCGUGUCGACGCUCAACGUCGGGGCGCGGUACACGGCCAUGAUGCUGAUGCCGGCGUCCUUCUACGCGGGGUCGACGGUGCUGCUGUCGUGGAUCGCGGGGACCAUCAACCAGCCGGUGACGAAGCGGGCGGCGGCGAUUGCGCUGAUCGUGUCGGUGUGCAACACGCCGAACGUGUGGACGCCGUACCUGUAUAACGGGGCGCCGCGGUAUUUCGCCGCGUUUACGGUGAAUCUGGUGGCGGCCGGGGCGGCGAUUGUGACGGCGACGGUGACGAGGAUGUAUCUGCGGAGGGAGAACCGGAAGAUGGACGACGGGAGGGAGCUGGGUGUGAGCGGGCCGACGGCGGCGCAGCGGGCAAGUGGGUUUAGGUACAUGUUGUAA